AUGGCUUCAGGAAAAAGCUGCACUCUACGACACCACCAACUCUACAGAGUUACUGAACUGGUGUCUCAAGGCCUGCAGGACAAGUCCAUCACAGGAGCUAUUUUUCUUGAUGUUUCCAAGGCCUUUGACAGAGUAGGAGUUAUUAAUGGUAUUUAUUUAGCUUUUGAAUAUAUGGGCAUCGAUAAGGGAGGAUCUGGCGGUACCGUCAUUAAUACUGGAUCCAAUGCAGCAUUUGAACCUAUUCCUUUGGCACCUGUUUACAGUGGAUGUAAGCAUGGCGUUAUUGGUUUAACAAGAAACUAUGGCACCGAUUAUCAUUUUAAAAAGACUGGAGUUACUGUAAGUUCUGUGUGUCCUGGACCUGUUGAUACCGAAUUAUUUCAUGAGUUUCCUGCAAUGAGUGUGGACGAAGAAGUUGCAGAAGAACACAAUAAGCGUGUGAAGCCAAUAAAGCCAGAAGAAGUUGCCAAAGCUAUGCUUCAGCUUCUACACGAUGAUAAAAAUGGUGCUCUACUGAGAGUGGAUGCAGACGGAAUGAGAUACGUUUAGUGGCACUGGAAAAUUAGAAUAUGUGUACGUGUACAUGGAUACAUUUAUAUGCGUUUCUCAGUGGAAUUAAAUGCAUACAAACCCUAUUUGGAAGUGAAACGACAGUUGAAUGAAGUUUUAUAAUGAAGUGAAGAUUUUACGAACGACUUUUAUGAAUCAAUGAUACGACAUUAUGUAAAAACAUUCAAGUACCUAAUUGCGUCAAAAUCGUUAUGUGAUUGAUUAUUUUUAAAAUCUGCAGAUUUUUAUUAUGAAAUUUUUUUAUGCUGUAAUAUUCUAUGUUCGUAAUCUUCAUAAUAUAAUAUUAAUAUACCUUGUCCAAUAAACUACUUUUUUAU